AAAAUGCUAAGAAGCAGCACAGAUGAGGUGACACCUGGCUACAGUUCAGACUCCGGGGGAAGCUUUGUGUCACCUUUCGGACAAGCUUUGACUCACGGCCAUGGCUGUGAAACAACAUCUUCACUCUCUCCUGAUGCUGCCAGUUCCAGCUCAAAUCCCCCACAUCCUGCUGCAGCAGCACAGCCAGGGACUGCUGCGGGAGAAGCAGGCCCAACAUCAGUCCUCUCCAGUCAAGUGAAUCGGAGCUUCAGGCAGGGGCGGACGGAUAAAUCCGUCCCUUCGUCCGGUUUCAGCAGCUCGUCUUUCCGCUCCGGAGCGGCCACCCCCAGACUGAGGACGGCAAGCGGACACCCUGCCAGGACGCCGCAGACGGAACACUCUGGAAUGGCCACCUGCUCCUCUGCCACCUCGGCCGCGGGCGCCUCUGUGAUUGUGGCCGUGGUAGAGGGGCGGGGCCUGGCCAGGGGAGAGAUAGGCAUGGCCAGUAUCAACCUCAAAUGCCCAGAGCUGAUCCUCUCUCAGUUUGCAGACACAGGAACCUACGCCAAGGUCAUCACCAAGCUCCAUAUCUUGGUUCCCCUGGAACUCCUCAUGCCAGAUACAGCUAGCGAGAAGGGAAAAGGAACCAAGCUUUACAGCCUUAUCACGGAGAACUUCCAGGCGGUAGCUUUCACGGCGAUCCAGAGGAAGUAUUUCAAUGAGAGGAAAGGGUUGGAGUACAUUCAGCAGCUGUGUGCCCCUGAGUUCAGCACGGUGCUUAUGGAGGUGCAAGCUAAGUACUACUGUCUGGCUGCUGCAGCCGCUCUGCUGAAAUACUUUGAGUUCAUUCAGAACUCCAUAUAUGCUCCAAAGUCCCUCAAAGUGAUCUUCACUGGCAGUGAGCAAACUGCCAUGAUCGACUCUGUAUCUGCCUCAAACCUGGAGCUUGUAGUCAAUAACAGGGACCACAGGAGUGAGCACACCCUGUUAGGCGUGCUGAACUACACUAAAACUCCCGGUGGAGGUCGACGGCUGCGCUCCAACAUCCUGGAGCCUCUUGUGGAUGUGGACACCUUAAACAUCCGUCUGGACACCGUCCAGGAGCUGCUGCAGAACGAGGACCUCUUCUUCGGCCUGAAGAACGCCAUUGGUCAUUUUCUGGAUAUAGACCAACUGCUCUCUGCUCUAGUCCAGAUCCCCAAGCAGGAAACGGUUCAAGUGGCAGAGUCCAAGAUUACACAUGUGAUUCAGCUGAAGCAUACACUGGAGCUGAUCCCUCCUCUCAGAAUGGUGUUGAAGAACUGUGACACGGCUCUGCUCAAGGCAUACAGCAGCUCAUUGGAAGACAACAGAUUUGACAUGAUACUGGAGCAGGUCAAAACGGUCAUCAACGACGACACGAGCUACACGAAGGGCAGCCUGACCAUGCGGACUCAGAAGUGUUACGCCGUUCGCCCCGACAUCAACGAGUUCCUGGACAUCGCACGGCGAGCGUACACCGAGAUUGUGGAUGACAUCGCAGGGCUGGUGGACCAGGUGGGGGAGAAGCACGGCUUGCCAACGCGCACCAGUUUCAGCUCCUCCAGAGGGUUCUUCAUGCAGAUGAAGAUGGAGGGAGUGGCCUUGCCUGAUGGAAAGCUCCCAGCAGAAUUCAUCAAGGUCACAAAGCAGAAGAACAACUACAGCUUCACCACGGCAGACCUGAUGAAGAUGAAUGACCGCUGUGAUGAGGCCCUCAGAGAGAUCUUCCACAUGUCCUAUGUGGUGGUUUGCCAGCUGCUGGGUACUGUCCAUGAGCACAUCCACUGCCUCUACAAGCUCUCUGAUGCUGUGUCCAUGCUAGACAUGCUGCUGUCUCUAGCCAACGCCUGCACCAUCUCAGACUACGUGCGUCCCGAAUUCACAGACACCCUGGCUAUCAAGCAGGGUCGUCACCCCAUCCUGGAGCGCAUCGCGGGCCAGCAGCCCGUUUCCAACAACAGCUACAUCUCCGAGGGCAGCAACUUUGUCAUCAUCACAGGGCCCAACAUGAGCGGCAAGUCCACCUACCUCAAACAGGUGGCACUCUGCCAGAUCAUGGCUCAGAUAGGGUCCUAUGUCCCUGCUGAGUAUGCGUCUUUACGGAUCGCUGAUCAGAUCUUCACCAGAAUCGGGGUGGAUGACGAUUUUGAAACCAGCUCCUCCACCUUUAUGGUGGAAAUGAAAGAGGUCUCAUAUAUAAUCCACAACGUGAGUGACAGAUCCCUCAUCAUCAUCGACGAGCUGGGACGUGGCACCAGUGCUGAGGAGGGCGUGGGCCUCUGUCACGCUGUCUGUGAGUUCCUCCUCCGCCUCAAGGCCUUCACUCUGUUUGCCACACACUGUCUGGAGCUCUGCCAGUUGGAGACGUUGUAUCCUAACGUUGAAAACCAACACAUGGAGGUCCAGCACACACGCUCUGCUGAGGCCGGAACAGAGAGCCUGGUCUACACCUAUCUACUGAGUCAAGGCUGCUCCGAGGAGAGGAACUAUGGUCUGAGGGCUGCAGAGAUGACGGCUCUGCCUGAUUCUGUCAUUCAAGAAGCGAAGACGAUCGCUUCCAAAGUCAGCAAGCAGCUAUCGACCAAGCAGCACACCAAUCCGGAAACUCUUUGCCAAAGAGCAGUAUACCACCUGGCCACCCGCCUCCUGCAGACAGCCAGGAACUCCAGACUGGACCCUGACAGCCUGCGCAUCUAUCUGAGAGGCCUGAAGAGACGCUACGAAACAGAGCUGCAGGUCAUGGGAGAGGCUGUGUCCAUGGAGACGGAGGAGGAAUGAGUCAUUGGCAAGAGAGUGGAUGCCAGAGGGCUGGGAAGGGGGCCAUGGAGGGACAUGAGAAUAAACUGUAGGAUUUUUUUCUAUUUACUUGAGGUUAUGUUGCCCUUUUAAGGUGUUUGCCAGUAAAAUACAAUUUUAAACUCUGUUGUAUUGUAUUUUGUUACAGCUAUACGUUUCUCUUCGUCAAUGUUUGUUUUCGAUGUUUUUUGUUUUUUUUUUUAACGAAAAUGAUGUUCUACAAUAAUAAUAAUUUGAUGGGUGUGGCCGUGUGGACCCGGAACACCCACUCUUCC